AUGGAAAUUAAAAAACAAGAAAAGAAAAUUGAUGAACUUAAUAAAGAACAAAAAGAAGAAAUUAGUAGAAUAAGAAAUAACCAAAGAGAAGAAGAAAUCCACAUAGAAAAUAACUUAACAGAACUUGAAGAAAAAAAGAAACAAGUUAUAGACAAGGAAAAAAAAAAUGGACUAGAUGAAAUAGGUGAUGAAAUAAAAGAAAUAGAGGAUAAAAUAAAAAAAGAAAAAGAAAAAAAGUCAGCAAUAAAAGAGGACAAAGAUAAGGAAGUAGAGUCAGUCAAUGUUAAAUACCAAGAGAAGAUUAAUUUAGUUACGAAAAUGAGUAAAACAAAUAUUCAAGAAAUAGUAAGUAAAAAAAGAGGAAAUAAAAAAAUGUGUUUUGCUGAUGAACGUAUUAAAUCAUUUAAAAAUAUUUUAUGUGAAUGGAGUCAGAAAAAAGAUAUGAAAUUAAUAUAUGAUUCAUUGACAGAAGAAAUUGUUCGUAAUAAAGUAUCUAGACUUGAACAAUUGGUUAUUGGCAAAAAGAAUUUAUUCUUUAUAAUUUUUGAUAGUGAUGAAAAUAUCUUUGGUGGAUACAUUGAUAAAACUAUUGAUGAGCUUGAUUAUUGUAUUCACAGUGACACAAUGUUUCUAUUUGUAUUAGAUUCAAAUGGUAGGUUUAAUUCUCCAACUCGGUUUGAGUGUAAUGGCAGCCAAAAAUUUGUUAUGUUUAGUUGUAAAAAUGAAUGGCUUUUGACGUUUGGGUAUAGUGUUCGUUGGCCGGAGAAGUCCGAUAUUGCAAUUAUAAAAAGUAGUACUGGAAAAAAGAAUUAUUGUGGAACAAAUGGGUUUGAGUAUUGUGGAGCUAAAAAUGCACUGUGUGGAAAUUACAACUUUGAUAUGGAACAGUUGUUGGUGUUUGAGGCAAUAAGUGAAUGA